CUGCGCUUCCGUGCAUCUAGGUCCUGACUGCCGAGGCCCGGGUCCAUUUUUAUUUUUUAAGUCCGAUAACCUUUGCAGCGGUAAUUCCAGGAAGGCCGAAGAGGCCGAGAUCUUCACUCCCGCUCUCACCCGCUUCCGCUUACCUAACCUGGGUAGGUAGGAGGUACGGUACCCAACUUAAUCUCCGAGGACCGAGAGCUGAGUCGCGGCAUUCGGGUUCUUUCAUCCAUGCACGUUUACUUGCCCUGUCUGGCCAGCCGAGCAACUCAUCGUACCAGCAACAAAGUCUUCGUACAAGGUAGCGGACGAAAUGCCGUCUUGAACGUGACGUAGGCGGCUUGGAUACAUAUUUCUCUAUUUAACUCGUGUUCAUAAUUGCUUGCCGGUAUCCUUUUUGUUUCUGUCAAUUACACCACUUAUCAACGUCUAUUCCUGGGCUUAACUCUAAUCUUCAACUCACUUUCCAAUGCCAGAAACAAGAUACUCGAUGCAUGGCCCCUAUGUCGGCACGCACCGGGCCUCGCCAGACGACGAGGAUGUUGCAGUGGAGAUGUCAAUAAUAAGAACGCGAACAAAUGGCCCCAAACCCAAGGCUACCGCAGUGGACAUGAUGAAGGCUUUGAUCCCCGCAGCCAUUAUGAUCCUUGGUAUCUUUUGGAUCAACGCAUCCCACAUCUUUGGUCUCUUCCAUAAUCAAGGCGAAUACGUCAAGCGGGCGAAAGUUGCCCUUGCUGACUUCGAUGGUGGUGACUUCGGUACAGCACUGCGAAUUGCGGCAGCGGCGAACAAUCAAUCCUACGAGUUCCCAACCUAUAUCAACGUCAAUACCUCGUCAACAUCUCCAGAUCAGAUCAGGCAGGAUGUCUUCGAUGGGAAGUACUGGGCCGCGAUUGUCGUCCAACCGGGAGCAACGGCUCGAUUCGACGAAGCUGUCAACGGUACCACCUCUUCAUACGAUCCUAGCGAUGUCUACACCUAUUAUCUCCUGACAGCCAGAUACUACACGUUGUAUGCCGGUGGCAUACAGUCAUCAACCAUCACUACCGCAAGCGCAGCCGCCGGAAUAUUCAGCGCACAAUUUAUCGGAUCCAAACUUGGCAGCGGCGAAUUCGUAAACACAACCGUAUCCCUGAGCGCGCUGACGACUCCAGCACGAGCUGUCGGUGCCAGUGCAUCGAUCCACAAUUUCAGCGACAUGGACGAUAAAGCUUUCCUCAACACCAUUGGGGCCGUCUUCCCAAUCCUGAUGCAAUUUUUCUUCAUCAUGGCUUGGAACGGUAUUUGCAACGGUAUGCAUCUCUACGCCGCCUACGAUGUCAAAACGCAUAUCUACGCCCGGCUCUUCUGGAGUAUCUUCUGGCCUCUCAUUUGUGGUCUCUGCUCCACAGGCUGGAUGUACGCAUUCCGCGGCUCCUACCCCUUGCACGCAAAGAUGUUUUUCGCAACCUGGGCUGUCACUUGGGUGUUUGCCAUGAUCAGCUUCGAUGUCUUGGACGUUAUCACUGGCUUCGUGCCCAUUGCGUUCGUCACGUUUUGUUUCCUAACUUGGGUUGUUUUCAACGUCGCUGCUGCCAUCGGUGCACCUGACCUCCUCAACAACUGGUAUCGCAUUAAUUACUUCUUCCCAUCGCUACAUUGGUAUCAGACCCUCAUCACAAUUAUCACGUCUGGUGCUGUCAACAAGCUGCAUUACACUCUGCCGACGCUUGCAGGCUGGCUUAUCUUGAUGAAGGCUCUGUCACCAUUUGCAACCAGGUACCGGAUCAACAAGGCGAAGCACGUGUUCCGGUACUUGCACGAGAAGGAUGCCCUCGAUGCUCCACACUAAGCUUCUUUUGUAUGCGUUUUUUCUUCCUAUUUGAGAGCGUUCUGGUGUGCGGUUUGGGAGAAUAUAGAUAGAUUAUAGACCAUUUCCAACUUUUGGUAGUAUCCCCGAUAUAUUUUCACCUGUCGAUCGAAGGAAAAAGGUUCGCAGUAGAACUAUAUAAUAUUAAGAUAUUUGCAAAAGGGAAAAAAUAAGAGGCAUUUAGGGAAGGAAUAAUUAGGACACUGCUAUUAUCUGUAGUGUUAACAUUAAUAUAAUUAAUUAAUAGCGACUUUAGCACCAGUCUCCGGGGAAUAGGAUAUCUCGAAAAAUAUCGCUGGGGCGUUCACUAUCAGCACCGGCAUGC